AAUCCGCCGAGAUUAAUCUGCCCUGUUAGUCGUAUUGCGGACAUCUCGGCGGACUUCACGUGGAGUUCUCCGCGCUUCUCCAAGUUCCCCGACACGCCAAAGAAGACUCCAUUCUCGGCGAUCGCUCGACCGUGCGCUCGACAGGUCCCUCCUCGGCGACAUGGAGUCCUCGACGAGCGACAACGGCGAAGUCAAGAAAGAAAACGACAAUGACGAGACGCUCGUGGACGAUCGAGCGUCACCUUCCCGCAAACGAAGAUCCAAUUCGGUGAUAGAUUCCAUCGGCGGCAGCGGCAUCGUCGUCAUCGGCGAAGGCGGUGCUGGUGAAUCCACGUUUCCCGCGGGCGGUGUCACUUCACGACCCAAAUCUCUAUCCGCUCCAGAUACGUCGGUGUUCGGGUGCGAACGCAUCGGCCCUCCGAAUCCCGCGCAAGCGACGGCUUACUCGUUCGAACCGAUUAAGAAAGUCGCCGACAAGACCGACGCUCACGUGAGGAUUUUCGAUGAUUUGCCGAAAAACAGUGAAUUCGCGACUAAAACCGCGUUCAUGUCGGUGACUCAAGACGCGGACAGGUACAAUAUGAAUCACAAAAAUCGUGGCAUAUGUGUGAUCUUCAAUCACGAGGAAUUCGAGAUUGGAGGCUUCGACAGGCGGGAAGGCUCGUCGGUAGACGCGAUGAAAUUGGAAAAGAGCUUCGGCAAUCUUGGAUUCGAUGUCAUGGUCCACGAUAAUCUUACCCACAGAGAAGUCAUUGACGUGUUGGAUGAACUUAGCAACAAAACGGAUCACAGGGACAACGAUUGCAUAUGUAUCGUCGUGUUGACCCACGGGUUGCAAAACGACAUGAUAUCAGCGAAGGACGCUAUUUAUAAAACCGAUAAGCUUUGGAAGCCGUUUACCGCUGAUAAUUGCCCGACGCUCGCGGGCAAGCCGAAACUGUUCUUCAUCCAGGCUUGCAGAGGCGAAGAGGUCGAUAACGGGGUCGUGUUGUCCCCGCGCAGUUUGAGUACAACUGACAGCGUGUCAUCGUACAAGAUUCCGACUCACGCGGAUAUUCUAAUAGCUCACAGCUCGGCUCAAGGCUUUUACACCUGGAGGAAUCCUACGGAUGGCACGUGGUACGUCAGCUGCCUAUGUGAGAUCUUGAACAAAUACGGCACCGAGCUGGAUUUGCUUAGCAUGCUCACGAUGACGGCCCGGAAAGUCGCCAUAGAUUACGCCUCUUACAACCCUGAAGACUCGACCAGGCACGAGAAGAAGCAGGUGCCGUCGCUCACGUCGCUGCUGCUCCGAACCGUUUACUUCCCGCCGAAGACGAACAUGUAGAUGCAACGUCGUCGGAUGGGACGGCAUUGACGAGUGCACGAUUUCGCGAUCGCAUGACUCGUCGAUGCGCGAACGUCGCAUAAGCACGAAGGGAUCCUCGCUUGAUAUGGCGGUUCCCUACACUUCGCGUCGAAUGGCUGUACAUUUUUCAGGGGUAUGUAGGCAAAGAGAAAUACGAUUCUGUCACGCUGGUUGACGAAUAGUCAAUCGUCGAGGGAAUAUGCGAAAACUUACAAACGAGACCUGAGAAUAAUUUUCAGAAAAUUUUUCUAAAAACAUUUGAAAAUGGUGAUGCGCUUUCAUUUGUUCCAAACACUGGAGAGUGAUUCUAAUAUAAUGUCGCGCUGUUCCCCCUGCAAGUGGGAAUUACGAGUGUGUAUCUUUAUAUACACUUACAUAUAUAGUUCAUUUACGCACACAACACAUAAAUGUUACAUAUCGGAGAAAAGUCUUGGCAUCAACGUGCUUCCUACACGCGAGAGCGCGUUUAUAUUUAUCCACCUCUGUCCUGUAAAUUAUUUUUCAUACAAUAAUGUUUUUUAUUUUAUAUGUGCGAAUUUUAAGUUAAUGUAAAUACACAUACUCUUAAAUACACACGCAAACACAUUGUGAUACGUAAUAUAACGAAAAUUUUACAUUACAAUAACUGAUCCUCUACAUUUCUAUUUCGCGGAAAUACUGCGAGUAUGUAUAUAUGUAUAUAUUCGCAGAUUAUAUAUCGGCGAGACGCGGGCUAGCUGUGCGUAAGCGAAUUUUCUUUUAAUGCGACUGAUCGAUCCCUUUUUUGGAGUAAUCAUUGUAAUCUUUACAACUCUGCUACUUGUAUGUACGCAAUUAAUCUCAUUUGUGGUUAUUGCUCGAAGUGACAUAAAUGCCAUUGGUUUUUUUUCUUUUUUCAAAAACGUGUGUUUCACUGCUCGCUUGGACUCCCUCCUGUCGAAUAUAUUCGUCUAUUUAUUUAUGCACUAUGCAAGUGUUGCACACAGCUAGAUGUAUCAGGAUUGUAUUUCAGAAUAUCCAUCUUGAGGAAAAUUUGACUGAAAAUGUAAAGUAUAUGUAACGUGAUUUCUCCUCAAAGAGGACGUUUUAGGAUGCAACCCAAGUUGAACAUCUGUUCAUUCACGUAUUACGAAGUAUGUUGCCUCGCCUGAUAAGGGUUGAAAGAGGUAUACCUCGUUUCUUCCUCGUGACGGAGAUCUCUCAAUUUUCAAUCCUAUCCCUGAUUGAUCGUCUUUUCUUCCUCUUCUUCUUUUUCCGCGUACUCGUUCGUCCGUUGUAAUCUAUUGUGAUAGUCCCCCGACCCUUCCCACCAUGAUAUAUUUUUUUCUUGUUGUUGUCUGUCCCUUCCUCGCCUGACCUAACUUUCCACGGUAUCCCAUCGGGCCGUUCAACCGCAUUCGACGCCCUCCGACAUUUAAUUAAGCGUCGACCGCCUACGGUCGAAAACGAUACAGCUUGUUGAGCGCACAAAACGACACCGUGCAUCCCCUUCAUCCUUCGAUCACGCGCUACUACACGCUCGUUAAUAGCGCGAUUUUACCGUUCACGCGAAACCGCGUUAAUCACCUCCUCACCCCUUUCGACACUUUCUUUCGCGAGGAAAUGUGCAAAUUGGGAGAAAUCGCUAGUCAAGUGCGAAACUGUGGUUUUUCCAAAUUUUCGCGGUGAUGAAUUAAUUUAAAUCAUUUAUGGCAGAUAACACGGGUUGUUCAAGUGGACAUUGCUGCAAUUAAUUGUACAUCGACAUUAAUAUCGAGAUUUAAACGGUGAAGAGACGCUGAAUGAAAUUCACACGAUAAUGAGGCGCCAUUAUUCGAAUUUCAAUGGCUUCAAAUUCGACUAACGGUGCAAAAAUCUCACUUCCCAAACUCCUUUAUCGGAGAUAUUUGACCUCAGUUUGUAAAGAAGAUUUUUAAAAAAGAAGAAUAUAUACCUGAAAAAAAGUUUAAUAUUUAACAAUAAUCAUAUACAGAGAAAGAAUUACUAUAAGUUACGGUCGGGAAAACCAACUUUUUAAUUAAACAAUGUUAAUAGUUUUAUAUUUAUGUUAAUAGCUUUAUAGCUUUGUAUGUUUCUUUACUACUAUUUUACUAAAAAAAUAUGGUUGAGGCCAAAAAUAAUUAUAAUUUUAAUUAGAUCAAUCAUUUCUUUCUCAGUAAGUUAAUUCAUGGCAACUACGGUUACUACAAAAAUUACUACUACAAACGGUUUCAUUGUACUUCUUGAAAACUUGCACGCAAAAAAAACUAGAGCUAAAAAAUAGCUGUGACAGAUAAGAUGUCACUGAAAUAAAGACAGCUAAUGUCGAUACUAUCGAAGGUAAAUUUAUUCGCUGUUUAAACUUAGGCGCUACAGCGAUAAAUGUUAGCUGCUAGAACAAAUAAUCGUAGCAAAUGAUCGUAGCUGUGCGACAAAUUUCUUUAAUAUAUGCAUACGUUAAAAAAUUUAGGAAUAACUGCC